AUGGUGCAUGCUGACGUCAUAAAGAGCCUUGCAUCCCUGGCGUUGGCAUGCACUGCCAUGCCCGCUGCCUUGCGCCCCUCCAUGGCCAAAGUGCUCUCACAGCUGAAGCAGCUGCACGAGGAGGUGGUGAGGCGGGAGGGGGAGAGCGGAUUGCAGCAAGGGAGUGUGCUUGGAGUACUGGGAAUGGGGGGAGGGAGUUGGCUGGGGAGGGAGAACCGUGUGAGCCCUGCAGCUGAGUCCACGGUAAGGAGUGUGAGUGCGGAGAGGGGAACGAUGGAUGACGAAGGCAGUCCUGAAGAGGAUGAGAGCUUGACUGUUGAUUACCAGUACUGA